CCCUAUAACUCUCCUAGCCCGAGCUGACCGACGAGCAGUGCCACUUGGGGAACAAACGACGAAUCCUAUUGAGCUCCCUUCCCUCUGCCUGUGCCGCACGCACACGCGAUUCCGCUCGGCUGAACCUGGUCGCCGAUCGAUUUCUUCCUCCGGUUGAGCGAGGCGUGCAAGCUACAGCGUCGCCGGUUGGUUAACUAGCCGGCAACCCCGGCUGCCGACCCUGUUUCAUAGGCUCCCCAUAGGCUUCCUUUCUUGGCCCCUGCUUCAGCUCCCACUUCUGUCUGCCUCCGAGGUGAAACCCAAGCCAGAGCACAAGAUCCUCACUGGUACUAGUGGAGCUAGCUAGCCUAGCAGACAUGGCCACCGCCUCCACCAUGUCCCUGCUCCCCAUCUCGCACCUCAAGCAGAUGCAGCAGCAGCGGCGCACGCGGCUCGCCGGCGCGCUCCCCGGGAAGGUGCUCGUGCUCGGCCGCCGGAGGCGCCACGUCGUGCCGCGGGCGCGGCUGUUUGGUCCGGCCAUCUUCGAGGCGUCCAAGCUCAAGGUGCUGUUCGUGGGGGUGGAUGAGGAGAAGCACCCGGGCAAGCUGCCGCGGACCUACACGCUCACCCACAGCGACGUGACGGCGCGGCUGACGCUGGCGGUGUCGCACACCAUCCACGCCGCGCAGCUGCAGGGCUGGUACAACCGCCUGCAGCGGGACGAGGUGGUGGCCGAGUGGAAGAAGGUGCAGGGCGCCAUGUCGCUGCACGUCCACUGCCACAUCUCCGGCGGCCACUUCCUGCUCGACCUCAUCGCGCCGCUCCGCUACUACAUCUUCCGCAAGGAGCUCCCCGUGGUUCUGAAGGCGUUCGUGCACGGCGACGGCAGCCUGUUCAGCCAGCACCCGGAGCUGGAGGAGGCCACGGUGUGGGUCUACUUCCACUCCAACAACCCCAACUUCAACCGCGUCGAGUGCUGGGGCCCGCUCCGCGAUGCCGCCGCGCCCUACGACGACGAGAACGCCACCGCCGACUCCCCAGCCGCCGACGCAGCCGUGGCCACUGCCACGGACGAGCGGGCGGUGCGCGCGGGCCAGUGGCCCCGGCGGUGCCCCGGGCAGUGCGACUGCUGCUUCCCGCCAGAGUGCCUCAUCCCCUGGCCGCAGGAGCACGAAAUGGCCGCCGACGCCGGCCAGGCGCCGCCGCAGUGAAGCCGGAGUGCGGACACAGAUUAGCCGACCGAAUCGUUCAGCUCGCCAAGGUACAUACGUAGACGGAUGCAACGCAGCGCAUGCGGUGGCGGCAAGAGACCGCCAUUGCAUGCAUGCAUGCGCUGCGCUAUUCUUUAAUUGAUACUCCUACUAGCAGCUUGAUAAUUAAUUAGCUCAGCCGCAGUGCAUUCUUAGGUUUAGCCAGGUAAAUGUAACUCCAUGGGUGUGGUGAUCUAGCUAGCUAGCACCUUGGCUUGUAAAUAGAAAUCACAUUAUCAGUCGUUGUUGUACGUACGGGCAAAGAAAGGGAAUCAUUUGGGAGUGCAUUCUAA